GCCAUUUCUGUGCGGGGCAAACGGAGGGAAGACAGUGAAAGACAGGAAGUGCCCGGGCGGAAGUGGGAACCCCGGAGGGGGAAGAGUGUUACACCAACUCAAAGACUGCAGUGUGGUUCAGGUCGGAGGGAGAGUGUGAGCAGUUGGGCCGAGCUGGAAGUGCUCUGAUUGAAUAUGUGGAGCUGAGGUGAAACUCCGGAGCUGUGGACAGAAAUGACUCACCUGGAAUCGCAGAUAUGCUCCCACCUUCUCCAGGCACACUACGGUCAGAUCGUGGCCAAUGUCGGCACACACCUCGUCCGCACCGGCUGCCAACCACUGCGACUCAUCGCCACUGACACCAACACUCCUGUCGACCAGGUUAAGAAAGCCCUCUGCGUCCUCAUCCACCACAACUUCGCCACCUACCGCCUGCACAAGAGAGGAUACGUGGAGUACGAGCUGUUUGGCGCCAACGUGCAGCGCAUCCUGCGUUACCCCCGCUACAUCUACUCAGCCAAGACGCUGUACGGGGACACGGGCGAGCUGAUCGUCGAGGAGCUGCUCCAGAACGGCAAGAUGGCGAUGAGCGCUGUGGUGAAGAAGGUGGCUGACCGGCUGUCCGAGACGAUGGAGGACAAUCAGAGUGUGGAGUACAGUGAAGCCUCUAACACCUUUGUCCGCCUGGUGGAGACGCACUUCCUCCAGAAGUGCGAGACAGUUCCCGAGCUGCCUCCGGGUGAUGGGUCCCGCCCCCCUGCUGUUCCCAUGCUGGUCUCAGACGAGAAGGAGAUGUACACUGUACCGAACCUCGGCCUGAUUGGUCAAGGUAAACGCCGGAGGCAGCCGUCGGGAGAUGGCGGAGAGCCCAGGUCCAAGCGCUCAAAACACGACCGGUGGGACCAGGAGUCUCCCCCCGACGACGGCAUUUACUGGCAGGUGAACUUCGACCGCUUCCACCAGUACUUCCGUGACCAGGCCAUCAUCGCAGCCGUCAGCAGCAAGCUCGACCAGACGAGCAGUGAAAUAGUCAGGACCAUGCUGAGGCUCAGUGAAGUCACCACGUCGUCCAACUCCUCACACACACAACCCCUCUCGUCCAAUGAGAUAUUCCGAGCUUUCCCUUCCGGAUACAACAUCUCCAAACAGGUCCUGGACCAGUACCUCGCGCUGCUGAGCGACGACCCGAUGGAGUUUGUCGGGAAGACCGGGGAGAGCGGUGGUGGAAUGUUUGUAAUCAACCUCCAUCGGGCUCUCGCUUCUCUGGCCUGUGCAACAGUGGAGUCGGUCGUGCAGGAACGGUUCGGCUCGCGGUCGGCCCGGAUAUUCCGGCUCCUGCUUCGGAAGCGGCAUCUGGAGCAGAAGCAGGUGGAGGAUUUUGCCAUGAUCCCAGCGAAGGAGGCGAAGGAGAUGAUGUACCGGAUGUUAUCUGAGAACUUCAUCUCCUUGCAGGAAAUCCCCAAGACACCGGAUCACGCUCCUUCCAGAACCUUCUACCUGUACACCGUCAACUUCCAGGCGACGGUGCGCAUGAUACUGCAGCGCUGCUACAAGACAGUGGUUAACUUGAUCACUCGCCGGGAGCACGAGACUCGAGAGAAUAGGCGGCUGCUGGAGAAAUCCCAGCGAAUCGAGGCCAUCAUGGCGUCGAUGCAGGCAACGGGGGCGGAGGAGGUGCAGCUGCAGGAGAUCGAAGAGAUGAUCACUGCACCCGAGCAACAGCAGCUGGAGACGCUCAAACACAACGUCAACAUGUUGGAUUCAAGUGAGAAUCAGGUGGACGAGACAAUAUUUAUUUUGGAAUCUUACAUCGCCACGACCCGGAUCGAAAAGGAGGCUCCACCAAAACGGUGAGCUGGAGUGGACAAGAAUCACCAUGUCAGACUUCCCUAGCUUGAGUCUGUGCUGGGGCAGAAGGCAGCCCAGUGGCUGGGACAUCUAGCCGAAUCUACCAGCUUAAUAAAAGGACAUUUCUUUUGGUGCGUUGGCCAGCCUUUCAGUAAUGUGUGGACAGUAAUUUGUGCCAAUAAACAAUUUUGAGCACAAGGAGAGUGAAGUCUUUGAAGAGAGGCACUGCCUUGGAAUUCUGGGCUCAAGGCAACAGACACUUGUGCAACACAGCUGGUUGGAAUAUCCAUGGAGAGAAAUGGACUCUAAUGUGUCCAUUCCUGCCAUCUCACUACGACCUUUGAUGCCUUUAUAAUCAAGAACCUAUCAACCGCUGCUUUAAAUAUACCCAAUGACUUGGUCUCUACAGCUGUCUGUGUCAAUGAGCAAUGAAUUCCACAGAUUCACUGCCCUCUGCCUAAAAUUCCUCCAUUUCUGUUCUAAAUUGACAUCCUUGUAUUCUCCCACUUUCCCUUUCUGGCUUCUGCCCCCUUUUCUCAGCCCAAAAAUAUCAACUGUUGCCAGACUUGCUGAGUUCCUCCAGUGUUUUGUGUGUUGUAGGGAUCCAUACCUUGAAAAUGGUUCAUUACAGUCUGUUCAUUAUAGAGCUGUCAGCAGUGCAGGACAAAAUUCACAUCAGAUCUUGAAAUAACAGCAACAUUU